AUGACUUUAGUCAAAUACGACUAUAAUCACUUAAUGGAAAACUUUGAAAAUAUUUGCCGCUUUUGCCUGCUAGAGAAUAACUGUAUCCAAAUACUAAACAAUGGGAUUAACGAAAGUUUGAUCGGCGCAUCGGACUUCUUUGUUUCAAAGGUUGAUGAGAAAGACGGUCUCCCCAACAAAAUUUGUCAACAAUGUCUAAAAUGUGUUCUGGACUUUGCGGAACUCGAGGCUCGUUGUAAACGGUCUUACGAAGUGUUGCAGCAAAUCAUAGAACAGCGAUUUGAGGCAAACGAAAAAAACAUGCAAAAGGACUGUCCUGCAGGCUCAACAAUUUUUCAAGAGAAACAGCAUUUUGUUCCGCAGCAAAAUUGCAUUCAAGAUCAGGAAGAAGGAUUUUGUGACACAAGUGAGAAUACAGAUAGUGCAAAUAAAUUUCACGUCUGCGAAAUUGAAGACAACGUAGAAUUACAAUCAAUUGAUGAAAGUCAAAGUGAUAUAAAAAUAUUUGAAUGUUCGAAAAAAACUAAAACCAAUAAGGGAAAAAUCUGCCCAAUUUGUGGCAAACUUGUGUCACAAUUAAGCAAGCACAUGCCUACACAUUCGGCCGUUAAACGCUUUACCUGCGAAUAUUGUUCCAAAUCGUUUACUCAUGAUACUACACUUCGAAAACAUAUUCGAUCAGUUCAUUUGAAAAUCAAGCAAUAUCACUGUGAAAUUUGCUUACAAAGUUUUACUGACCGCAGCUCGUUGCGCUAUCAUGAUGUAGUAAAGCACAAGGAGGAGAAAAAUUUUGAAUGUACCAUCUGCAGGAAAUCCUACUAUACUUCGUCUGGACUUGCCCAACAUAACAGCUUGAAUCACGAACAACGGAAGUUCAAAUGCGAGAAAUGUGGCAAAAUGUUUGCUAUGAAGUUUCAUCUAAAAGAACACGAAAACACUCAUUCGGAUGCGAGACCGCACGCGUGUGUCUUAUGUGAAAAAACUUUUAAAAGAGUGAAAAACUUGAAUGAGCAUAUGAUAAUGCACAAAUGCUUAAAAAUCUGAACAUGA